CAACCUGCCAGCCACAGACCUAGGAGCAGCGCUCUGGAGAGCUCUGUGCGUGUGCACCCGUGGAAGACCAAUAAGGCCAGUGAACAAGCUUGACUACACCAGACCCUGAAAGUUUGAGUUGUCUUUUUUAGUGGCCAGAAAGAGGAAGAGUGAAAAAUGGGAGGAAUAAAAUACAUCUUUACCUUGCUGCUAUUCUUUAUUUUCCUAGAAGAAAGCAAAGCAAAGCAAGUAAAUCAUUCAGAGACAUACUGCAUGUUUCAAGACAAGAAGUACAGAGUGGGUGAGAGAUGGCAUCCUUACCUGGAACCGUAUGGUUUCGUUUACUGUGUGAACUGCAUCUGCUCAGAGAAUGGAAAUGUGCUUUGUAGCCGAGUCAGAUGUCCAAGUCUCCAUUGUCUCUCUCCUGUACAUGUUCCUCAUCUGUGCUGCCCUCGCUGCCCAGAAGACUCCUUACCCCCAGUGAAAAAUAAAGUGACCAGCAAGUCAUGCGAGUACAAUGGGACCACUUACCAACAUGGUGAGCUGUUCAUGGCUGAAGGACUCUUUCUGAACCGGCAACCCAAUCAAUGUACCCAAUGCAGCUGUUCGGAAGGAAAUGUGUACUGUGGUCUCAAGACUUGCCCCAAGUUAAGCUGUGCAUUCCCUGUGUCUGUUCCGGAUUCCUGCUGCCAGGUAUGCAGAGGAGAUGGAGAAUUGUCGUGGGAACAUUCUGAUGGUGAUAUCUUCCAGCAACCUGCCAACAGAGAAGCAAGACAUUCUUACCACCGCUCGCACUAUGAUCCUGUGCCAAGCCAACAGACUGCAGGUCUUCCCCACUUUCCUGGGGUCAGAAGUCACCGGGGAGCUCUUAUGGAUUCCCAGCAAGCCUCAGGCACCAUUGUGCAGAUUGUCAUUAAUAACAAGCAUAAACAUGGACAAGUGUGUGUUUCCAAUGGAAAGACCUAUUCUCAUGGUGAAUCCUGGCACCCUAACCUUCGGGCUUUUGGUAUUGUGGAGUGUGUACUGUGUACUUGUAAUAUCACCAAACAAGAAUGUAAGAAAAUCCACUGUCCCAACCGGUAUCCCUGCAAGUAUCCUCAAAAAAUAGAUGGAAAAUGCUGCAAGGUGUGUCCAGGUAAAAAGGCAAAAGAAGAACUUCCAGGCCAAAGCUUUGACAGCAAAGGCUACUUCUGUGGAGAAGAAUCAAUGCCCAUAUAUGAGGCCGUGUUCAUGGAGGAUGGGGAGACUACCAGAAAAAUAGCACUGGAGACAGAGAGACCACCUCAGGUCGAGGUCCAUGUUUGGACCAUUCGAAAAGGCAUCCUCCAGCAUUUCCAUAUUGAAAAGAUCUCCAAAAGGAUGUUCGAGGAGCUCCAUCACUUCAAGCUUGUGGCCAGGACAACCCUGAGCCAGUGGAAGAUAUUCACUGAAGGUGAAGCUCAGAUCAGCCAGAUGUGUUCAAGUCGUGUGUGCAGAACAGAGCUUGAAGAUUUGGUGAAAAUUCUGUACCUGGAAAGAUCUGAAAAGGGCCACUGUUAGAUGAGACAGACAGUAUUGAAUAGGGUAAAACAAGCAAACUCAAGCUGCAGCUGGAAUGCAGGCAUAUUUUGCUUAAGUCAGCAGUGCUCUAAAACCCAAACUCAAAUGCAGCUAAUUAUUCACGGCAUGCACAGCAUAACUUGCUCCUUUAUGUGGAGUGGUGUGUCAUCCCUUAAACAUCUUCUCCAAAGAGACUAGAUGAGUCUUGAAUUAUUUGUAGGAAGAAGAGAAAUGGAACACUAUAACAUUGCUCUAGUUUCUAGGAGAAUCACAUUUCUUUAUAGGUUAAAGAGUAAACAAAACCCCUGGGUUUUUAUUCAGAAAGUUAUUCCAAUGAAAGAAAAAAAGAGAAGGGAAUUUCUGCUCUCCUGCUUCUUAGCAGGAGUUCUGUAGUACAGAGAAAAUGUUUGUAUGAAAUUAUACUCUUCAAAUUUUAGAAUGUCUUGUAUUCUUUCUUAAAAAUUCUCUAUCACACACACACUAGAUUACAGCCUUUAUUAUAAGGCAAGGCAAACAUAAGAUUCUCCCUUUCUUUCCUUGUCCUGAUUCCCAAGUAGCUUGGCAGUUGUUGGUACCCAAGAGGAUAAAUAAGGAACUGUGAGCAGAAGACUCUGCCCUUGGGCCUGUGAGGUUUUUGAAGUCACAAGUAAGAAUAUUAUGCUAUGGCUGCUUUCACAUUGAAGUGGUAAAUAACUUUUCCCUAAUGAUACCACUUCCCUUCUCUCCCUGAACCUACUAGGCCUCCAUAAAGAAGUUAGAAUUGGCUAAUAUUUUCAAAAACUCAAUCCAUAUUAGAUAAAUAAUGGUUGAACAAAGGAGUUGACAGACAUCAACGAGGCCAUUUUUGUGUUUUUAAGUCAGUAACAGUCACCAAUUAAUAGCACAAUACUCACCAAUUUUUUUGAGACCAUGGUUCUCUAGUCCAAAAAUUUAUGUGAAAUGAUUAAACUCCAUGAGCUCCUUAAAAGGGCAGUUUCUCUUCUCCAAUUACAAGAGUAGAUUUUUUUCUUUACCCAGGGCCUCAGUCUUCAUGACCCUCUGAGUGUCCACUGUUCAUUUAGGAGGAUUAUUGCUUAUUUGGGCAGAUGGGAAUUCUGAUACUGAUCUUUAUCAUAAACUUUCCAGCCAUUCUUAUCUCACCCAUCAAGCAUGGAUUUUAAUCAUAGACUGUUGGGAACUGCCCUGCCAGGUUUCAGGAGCUGUAAACCCCCAUGGCUAAAGCUGAAUGAGUGACCUUUGGAACAUAAACCACUAAGGAGACAAAGCUUAUCUCCCUGGCAGGAGCACUGCUUCUGCUCCUUUUUUUCAUAACUGACCCCCAAUGCUUGAUCAGUUAGCCAAUGACACAUAAGAUUUCCUAAAGGUGGAAUGACCUAAGACAGACAUGAUCACAUGGGGGCCCCAGGGAAGGACUUGGGGGGGCUAUGGAGAAAGAGGGUGAUAGAUCCUCACCCCUCAGCUUUGACAGGCUUCUCAGGCUGAGAACUCAGCCUGAGUUCUCAGUCUGUCUGGGAGAAGUCUCCAAAGUUUCCUUGGCUGUCUGCCUCCUCUGCCUGACUUAAGCCUGAAACAAUGACAGAGGGCUGUGCAGCCCUGUGCUGGAAAGGGUGGGGUCCCCAGGUGAUCAGGCCGGAGAAAAGAUAUGUAAAAUCCUGUGUAGCCUGCUUUGCUAAGAAUGCUCUCAGUUAAAUGAUAAAGGCCUGGGCAGGAAAUGAGUUUGUUUCCCAAAGUUUUAUAGCCUUUUAGCUGAUCGACCCUGACUCAGAAGAAGCCUUAAUAGUUCUUUGUAUGCUGUCUAUGAUUAGAUCUUUACUGCCUGACAAUGAUUAAUAAGCUGUACCUGUAUUCCUGUGCAAAUUAAACCAAAUAAAAGCCUGUCAGGGCAAGGGUCAGCAUGCUCCCCCCUUGAGGGAGUAGCAGUGCCUCCCCUUUUUCUCCACAGGACUCUGUAGUCCAUGUGAAUUUGUCUCAUGUCUCAUCCAUGACACCAUGGGCACUGCAGGCCAGUGCCCACGUAAAUGGAUCCUAGAGAAGGCUGGUCCAGAAAUGCUUAUUGCAGCCCAAUACCAGAGCAUAAAUUAUCCAUUUUGAGAUCUGGUUUUAGAAAUUAUUUCUGUGCGAAAACUAUAAAUUUUCUACCACAAGGAUACCAAGCCUGCCUUUUAGAUUUAACUCCUCUAAAGUAUUCUAGUGAGUACUUAAAAAUAUUAAGGACCUGGAAAUCCAAGAUUUCCCACUCUAUGACUAGAGGUAAAAUGAACGUUUUCAUAGUAUUUGAUAGCAAUAGGUAAAAAUAUAAAAAAGUUCAGUCUUCUUCCAAGUGGGCAUUAAAGAGUCAGUCGUGAUAAAAGAGACACAGGGGUUUUAUGGCCAGGCCUUCAUGGGAUAGCCACUCACCAGCCACUCACACACAAUCUCCUCAGGAAGGGGAUGUAAGACAUCCAGGGCUGAAAAGCCACAGUAUUUCCAUAGUGUAGAAAAAAGUAACUGAUCCCGCAGCAAAGUGGUGAUUUCCCCUUCUUCUCAAUGACUCACCCCAAAGCCUUCCUGCCCAGGUGUUCUCUGAAAGGGAACACUUGGAGAGUUUCCCUAGAUAGACUCCUGCCCCCAGGUGAUAAGACACCUUUCCAAAGUGCUGUGUGAAGCAGGAGCUGGGGGACUGUGCUGAGCCAACAUAGAAAGUCUUCAGUGUUUGGUGUUCUAUAAGGAACAGAAGAUAGGAAGAAGCAGCCAAGCACCUGCAGUUAGUAGAAAGGAAUGGAUGUGGUUCUUCUCGUGUAUUUAUUUGUAUCAUAAACACUUGGAAUAAUACAUACAAUAAGUACCAUUAAGCAAUUGUAGCUAUUUUAUAUAGUUAACUCAUGUAAACAAUUAACAGUAACAUAACAGCAUUAUCCUUUCACUCUUCCCACAGGACAUGUACCUAAAUAUGGUACUUAUUUAUAUAAUCACUGUAU